AUGAAUGGAACAGAAGGCCCAAAUUUUUACGUGCCCAUGUCCAACAAGACUGGGGUGGUACGAAGCCCAUUUGAAUACCCUCAGUAUUACCUGGCAGAGCCAUGGCAAUAUUCAAUUUUGGCCGCAUACAUGUUCUUGCUCAUACUCCUCGGGCUCCCUAUCAACUUCAUGACCUUGUAUGUCACCAUCCAGCACAAGAAACUCCGAACACCCCUAAACUAUAUCCUGCUGAAUUUGGCAUUUGCCAAUCACUUCAUGGUCCUGUGUGGAUUCACCAUUACAAUGUACAGCUCAAUGCACGGAUAUUUCGUCUUUGGUCAUACUGGUUGCACUGUUGAAGGCUUCUUUGCUACCCUUGGUGGUGAAAUUGCCCUUUGGUCCCUGGUGGUCUUGGCCAUUGAACGAUAUAUGGUCGUCUGUAAGCCCAUGAGCAACUUCCGAUUCGGUGAGAACCAUGCUAUCAUGGGUGUGGCAUUCACCUGGAUAAUGGCUAUGGCCUGUGCUGCUCCUCCACUCUUUGGAUGGUCUAGAUACAUCCCUGAGGGAAUGCAAUGCUCAUGUGGAGUUGACUACUACACCUUGAAGCCCGAGGUCAACAAUGAGUCCUUUGUGAUCUACAUGUUCAUCGUCCACUUCCUCAUCCCCCUGAUUAUCAUUUCCUUUUGUUAUGGCCGCCUGGUGUGCACUGUGAAAGAGGCUGCAGCUCAACAGCAAGAAUCAGCCACCACCCAGAAGGCCGAGAAAGAAGUCACAAGAAUGGUCAUUAUUAUGGUUGUUUUCUUCCUGAUUUGUUGGGUUCCCUAUGCCACAGUCGCUUUCUUCAUCUUCACCCAUCAAGGCUCUGAAUUUGGCCCAGUCUUCAUGACCGUACCAGCUUUCUUUGCCAAGAGUUCUGCCAUCUACAACCCUGUCAUCUACAUUAUGCUCAACAAGCAGUUCCGUAACUGCAUGAUCACCACCCUGUGCUGUGGCAAGAAUCCCUUUGGUGAUGAUGAGACCUCCUCUGCUGCCACUUCUAAGACAGAAGCUUCUUCUGUGUCUUCCAGCCAGGUGUCUCCUGCAUAAGACCUUUAACCAGACCUGUCUCAGGGUCCGCUGCCUCAC